AUGCUGCAGCUCUUUGCAGUCCACAGUCGUCCCACCCUUGCCUCAAAUGGCACAAACCCGAGCUCGGGCUCGAUCAUCAUUUUCAUUGUCAUGCCUGUUGUUGUCGUUCUGUGUGGGAUCGUCGCGUUCUUUGUCUGGAAACGCAAGCAGUACCACAGUAAAGACCGCGGGUACGGCCUCCCGUCCAUCACCACGCAGAGCUCCAACGACAACACUGUGUUCAAUCAAGACUUGGACUCGGUCUACAGCAGUCAUCGACAGAAGGACCGGAAAUCAGGAGCUCGACCAUCUGCUUAUCUUUCAAACCAGCAGCGAGAAGAUCCCCGCUCUCUUCAGUGGCCAGCCAAUGGAGCCCCGACGUACACUCGUCAACAAGAGCAGCAGCAGCAGCAAGAGCAACAAGAGCAGGACCCAGCGUACUAUCCGUCGUCGCAGUACGAGAGUCACUUUGAUGCCCAUGAUUCGUACCCCCCUCCUCCUCCUCCGGAGAUGCCAAUGCUCGAACCUCAAGGGGAUUUCGAAGGUUCCGGUCUCUCAAUGAUGGAGCUCCAGCAGAGUCGUGCGAUGAGACGCUCGAGUUUGGAAGACAGGAAGCGGAGACAGACGGACCCGGCUGUCGUUGCACGCACACAAGAGGCAGCUGAAAAGGUGAUGGCUGAGCUCGAACGCGAGCCAGACUUUGAAGAGAGCUGGAUCCCCUACGACUCGCUGUACUUUACACGGGCCAUUUCGAAGGGAGCUUUCGGCGAGGUGUGGCUCGCGCAGCUGGAGAACACGCAGGUGGCUGUGAAGAAAAUCCUGGAUGAGAAGAAACACGAUGUCAAGGAGAUUGAGUGUUUCGGGGCAGAGAUUAAACUCAUGGCACUGUUGAAACACCCGAAGAUCGUGCGCUUCAUCGGCCUCUCGUGCAGUGACAAGCAGGAUCUGUGCGCAGUGACGGAGUUUAUGGCAAAAGGUGAUUUGCACGGGUACUUGGAACGUCGUAAAGCCAAGAUCACGUGGCCUGCGGACAAAAUCUGGUUGGCUGAGGAUAUUGCUGAGGCUUUGGGGUACCUCCACUCGCUGUCGCCCAAGGUCAUUCACCGCGACCUCAAGUCGAAGAACGUUUUGCUGGACAGCAAGUACCGUGCAAAGCUGAGCGACUUUGGUAUCAGCCGAAAACGCUCGUUAGAGUCGACGAUGACGGCAGGUGUUGGUACGAUCUAUUGGACCGCUCCUGAAGUGCUCAUGGGCAAGAAGUACACGGAGAAGGCUGACAUUUACUCGUUCGGUAUCGUCAUGUCGGAGAUGGACACAUGUGAAGUCCCGUAUUCGGACAAGCGCGAUAGUGACGGCAAGAAGCUGCAGAGCAUGAAGAUCAUUCAGUUGGUCAUUCGGCAAGCACUUCGACCGACGUUCUUAGGGACUUGCCCCGAGCAGAUCAAGGCAUUGGCACGUCGUUGUCUGGACGCCGACCCGGACACUCGACCAGAUGCAUCGGAGCUGCUCAAGUUUCUGCGCAGUGUUCAUGACGAUUUACAGCAGCAGUAA